CUCUGUGUAGGCUAGAUUAGCCUUGAACUCAGAGAUCUGUUCCUCAGCUGCUGAGAUUAAAGAAAAGACAUUAUUGGUCCAAUGUCUAACCAUGGGGAUGUGAGCCUCCCACCCCAAGACCGGGUGAGGAUUCUAUCCCAACUUGGGAGUGCAGUGGAAUUAAAUGAAGACAUUCCACCCCGACGCUACUACCGCUCCGGCGUUGAGAUCAUCCGCAUGGCAUCCAUUUACUCUGAGGAAGGCAACAUUGAACAUGCCUUUAUCCUCUACAACAAGUACAUCACGCUUUUCAUUGAAAAACUUCCAAAACACCGAGACUACAAAUCAGCUACCAUUCCUGAGAAGAAAGAUGCAGUCAAGAAAUUAAAGAAUGUUGCUUUCCCCAAAGCAGAAGAACUUAAGAGUGAACUCUUGAAAAGAUACACCAAAGAAUAUGAGCAGUAUAAAGAACAAAAGAAAAAGGAAGAGGAGGAACUUGCCCGGAAUAUCGCCAUCCAGCAAGAGUUGGAAAAAGAAAGACAGAGAGUUGCCCAGCAGAAGCAGAAGCAGUUAGAGCAGGAGCAGUUCCAUGCCUUUGAGGAGAUGAUCCAGAAGCAGGAGCUGGAAAAAGAGCGGCUAAAAAUUGUCCAAGAGUUCCGGAAGGUGGACCCUGGCCCAAGUGGGCCUCUGCUACCUGAUCUGGAAAAGCCUUGUGUAGAUGUGGUCCCCACCUCACCCACGCAGACUUCAGACUGUAACAGAACCGUGAGGCCAGCUAAGCCACCCGUGGUAGACAGGUCCCUGAAGCCUGGAGCACUAAGCAUCAUAGAAAAUGUUCCCACCAUCGAAGGCCUGCGCCACAUUGUGGUGCCCCGCAAUUUGUGCCCGGAAUUUCUCCAGCUUGCCAGUGCCAAUACUGCCAAAGGCAUUGAAACUUGUGGAGUCCUCUGUGGAAAAUUGAUGAGAAAUGAAUUCACAAUCACACAUGUUCUCAUCCCCAGACAAAAUGGUGGGCCCGAUUAUUGCCAUACAGAGAAUGAAGAAGAAAUUUUCUUUAUGCAGGAUGAUCUUGGACUCCUCACGCUUGGCUGGAUCCAUACUCACCCAACCCAGACGGCCUUCCUGUCCAGUGUGGAUCUGCAUACCCACUGCUCCUAUCAAAUGAUGUUGCCAGAGUCUAUAGCAAUCGUCUGCUCCCCCAAGUUCCAGGAAACUGGAUUCUUUAAGUUAACUGAUUAUGGCCUCCAAGAGAUUUCCACCUGCCGGCAGAAAGGCUUUCACCCUCACGGCAGAGACCCCCCUCUGUUCUGCGACUGCAGUCACGUCACUGUCAAGGACAGGAUUGUGACCAUCACGGACCUUCGAUAAAUCUCAGUCACCAUCCAGGAAGAUGGCUCCUUGGAUAAAGACACUUGCCUCCAAACCCAGCAGCCCAAGUUCAUUUCCUUGGACUUCACACAUGAUGGAAGGAGAGCAACUUCCCCCAAGUUGUCCUUUGACCUCAAUUGUGCACUGUGGUAUGUGCGCACGCACACACACACACAUACAUACACACAUACACACACACACUAAAUAAAUAGAUGGAAUUUACAAAGUCUUACCCUCCUCCUGAGCUACAUGCCCUGAUCAGUUUACUAUUCUCACCCCCAUGGAAUUAAACUUUUAAGACAGAAUAGGAAAGGGUCAACACCAAUGGGAAACUGUUGGUCUUUUUUUAAUUUAUUAUUUGAAAAUAAGUCAUUUUAUUUUUUAAAGCAAAUCUGAAAAUGAGCAAAUCACACCAAACAACUAACUCAAAAAUUAGGAUGCGAGAGAAAGUACCUCUCUGCCCUCUUUAGACCCGAGCACUGGCCUUUGGGCCCUGUUGCGACUUACCUUCCAACUGGUUCAUCUCUACCUUUGGACUAAAUAAGGGCAUCUCUGCAAAACUGUGAAAGCCAUUUUGAAGGAUUUGGCUUUUUCUUGUUUGUGGCAUUACUGAGGGAGCUUAUCACUCUGGUGGGAAGUGCAUAAGGAGCUCACAGCCCCCCAUAAGUUGAUUUUGUUUUUAAAAAAGAAGUCUAUUAUUUAAUUUAAAAGGUUAGGAUGUUAUUUUCUUCUGUAAUAAAACAGUUCACUGUGUUGUGCUCUAGAGUGAUCUGUCUGAUCAUGGGCAGCAUGUAAACAUUUUAAAUGGAAUGUCUGAUUGCGGCCAAAUGGGAUGGUGUGUCCCGCAGUGAACUGUGUUGCCAUUCACUUGCAAUCAGUCAGUGUGGCCGGCCUGCCCAGUCUCCCUCCACGAUCAGGAAGUCAUCUCUUGUUCUGGUGUUGCCUCAAGUGGGUCUUCCCACUUUCUCCUCAAGCCUCAGCCAAGGCACUGAGCCUUACAGAGUCCCAGCCAACGGUGCAGUUGUCCAGUGCGCACCCUGCUAAGUCCACCAUGCUGGCUUUGUCUUCUUCAGAAAUGUCUAGGAUGGUGUGUGAGACCGUAGGUGACACCUCACUUUUCUUCAUGAACUGAGCUGGUGCUUAAAGGUCGCCUAGAAAUCUGUGACAUCAACAUGAGAGAAGAGCAAAUAUGUUGGAUAGUAAAGUUAAUUUUUUAACG